AUGGCUUCAGAGAGCAAACAGGAUCCGGACUCCGGUCAUGUCGAGCAACCCAUCGGAGGGGCGGUUGACAUCCUACGAAAUGAGAGUGCCGCUGAUGCUCUUGAAGUGGUCACCCAACUGGAGCCCGUUGAGAAGUUCAGCAAGCGCAUGAUUCAACUGUAUCUCAUAUGCGGUUUCAUCUUCCUUGGAUCGACCAUGAGUGGUCUUGAUGGAGCUCUUAUGGGCAAUCUCUUGGCGAUGCCUGCCUUUCAGCGCCAAUUUGCUGCUGAUAUUGUUGGAGUCAAGACAGGCCUGAUCUCAUCCAUGUACGCCAUUGGUUCGGUCUGUGCUCUUCCGUUCGUCGGGCCUUGCACCGACAACUGGGGCCGUCGCGUGGGCAUGAUGAUCGGCUGUGUGUUCGUUGUCAUGGGCGUUAUCAUCCAGGGCACAUCACACCAGCUUCCACAAUACCUCGCUGGCCGCUUCUUUAUCGGCUUUGGCGGUAGCGUCGCCCACGUGGCAUGUCCGUCCUAUGUGGUUGAGUUCUCUCAUCCGGUCAACCGCGGCGUCCUCACGGGUCUCUACAACUGCUGCUACUAUCUCGGCUCGGUUCUUGCAGCUGCGACUUUGCGCGGGUGCGUCCACUACACCACCAACGCCUCGUGGCUGAUCCCUACGUGGAUUCAGAUGGUCCUCCCGGCCCUGCUGCUCAUCGGCUGCCCGUUCGUUCCCGAAUCUCCGCGAUGGCUGUACGUUCACGGCCAGAAGGCUAAAUGCCAGGAGUACCUCACCAAAUACCAUGGCAACGACAACCCGGACUCGCUCUAUGUUCAGCUACAGCUGCGCGAAUUCGAAGAAGAGCUCGAGCUCGACGGUGCUGACAAGCGCUGGUGGGACUACCGCGCGCUCUUCAACUCCCGUCCCGCGGCGUACCGCGCCAUUCUAUGUGCCGUCGCCGUGUCGGUCUUCAGCCAGUGGUCGGGCCAGGCCGGCGUGACGUACUUCCUGCCGGCUAUGCUCUCUACGACAGGAAUCAAGGAUGCGACCACCGUGCUGAACAUCAACCUCGGCAUCACCAUCACGAGCGGUGUCGCAGCGUGCACCGGGGCCAGCUGCAUGGACCGGUUCGGCAGACGAAAGAUGCUGAUCUCUUGCUGUGCCGUCCUCACCCUGCUGUGGGCAGGCAUGCUCGGGGGCACAGGAGCGUACUACACCUCCAAGAACACGUCGGCGGCCCAGGCUUCGAUCGCCUUCGUCUUCUUCAUCGGCAUAGUCUUCUCGGCCGCCUACACCCCCUUGCAGGCGCUAUAUCCUGCCGAAGUCCUGUCCUUCGAGCAGCGCGCCAAGGGGAUGGCCCUCCAGAACAUGGCGGGCAAUGCCGCGGGCCUCGUCAACCAGUUCGCCCUCCCCGUCGCCCUCGGCAAGAUCGCAUGGAAGACGUACUUUGUCUACCUUGGGACGUGCUUCUUCAUGGUGAUCUACUACUACUUCCUCAUGGUGGAGACCAAAGGGCACACGCUGGAGGAGCUGAAUGAGAUUUUCAAGGCACGAAACCCACGCAAAGCCUCGCUGGCCAAGGAAAAAGUAAACGAGACAGUCGCCCAAGUGCAGGAGCUCAAAUCUGUCUAA